GGUAAAGUGAAACUGCUAACCUGCGAAUAUCAAAAGAAAUUGCGAGAGAUGGGUUUAGUAGAACCCUAGCAGGCUACAGAUACAAAGUGUAGACGGUGAAGAUCUGAGAAGAAGAACCGUCGAAUCCAUCUCAUGGCGGUUUCAAUCAGGCGUGUAAUCAUAUCCUGUCGCAACAUCUAUCCUUUGAUCGGAACAUCUCGCCCGGUUUCUCACUUUGCAGCUUCUUCAUAUUUCUUGAGAGCUGCCUGUGAUCUGCGUCCAGACCUUUCCAGUUCGCCGGCGAUUGGUUUUCUAUUCGAAUCCCGCAGAUCAUUUGCUAAAGCACGGAAGAAAUGGGAUGACGAUGACAACGAUGAACUUGGUGUUGCUAAUGGUGAUGCUGGCAGCAGAAUUGAAAUUGUGAAUAUUGGGCCAAUUAUUAAGUCAACCGCUAUCUCUGAGAUGGAGGCAGCAAUUGAUGCAGUAUCAAAUGAACUCAGCAAAUUGCGCACAGGAAGGGCAUCGGCAGGAAUGCUUGACCAUAUCAUAGUAGAAACUGGUGGUGUGAAGAUGCCUUUGAAUCGGAUGGCUGUUGUUUCAGUUUUAGACCCUAAAACUCUGUCAGUUACUCCAUAUAAUCCAAAUGCCCUGAAAGAACUAGAGAAAGCCAUUGUUUCUUCACCAUUGGGUUUGAACCCUAAGCCAGAUGGUGAACGCCUGAUUACAGCUAUUCCUCCCAUGACCAAAGAGCAUAUGCAGGCUGUGUGCAAAGUGGUAGCAAAGUCUUGUGAAGAUGCCAAACAAAGAGUUAGAAGAGCUCGCCAAAAGGCUUUUGACUCGAUAAAGAAAUCACUGCCUAAAAAAUCAGAAGGGAAAAAUAAAGGGAAAGAUAAGGAGAAUAUUAAAGCGAAAACGGUUUCAGGGUUCUCAACAGAUGAUGCAAAACGAUUGGAAAAAGAAGUUGAAGAGUUGACUAAAAAGUUUACCAAGUCGGCUGAAGAUAUAUGCAAAGCUAAGGAAAAGGAAAGCUGAGAAACACACUUUUGAGGAAAUUCCCACAUAAUUUAAGGAUGGAAGCAUAAAUUUAGGGUGUUCAAUGCAAAGGAUAGUUUUGGACUUUUUUUGUAUAUGUUACACAUCUUCAUUUGUGCUAUACUAUUGGAUAUUUGGUGUGUCGAAGGGUUUGAGAGCAUUAUAUAACAUGUACGUGCUACGAAUAAACAAAAGGUGUAGAAGAAUGAAAACUGAAAAAACAAACACAAAGGAAUAAGGUAAAAUGUAAAAUACUUGUAUGGUCAAAUAUGUAAUAAAAGAAUAUAUGGAAAAAUAAAAAGACAAACUUUUAAUAAAAAAAAAAAAAAACAAUGUUUUGAGGCUUGACCGAAUAGAAAGUCUUAUUAAGCAAACAAG